CUCUCUCUACCAGGGGAUGCCGGAGUCUAACCGCAGCUCCGCUCUCAUUCACGCUGAGCGCUGCUCUCCUGUGCGCACGGAGCUGCAGAGCUGAGCUUUGGAACCGGUGCUGCUGCUGCUGCUGCUGCUGCUGCUGCUGCUGCCUGACAAGCACGCGGGGAAUGGACAUGUCUUCAUCCGCAACUCUCCCAUCCUACUAACAUGCCAAACAGGACGAGCGCCAAGCACGGAUCGAUCAGGCUGGUAGCAGUCGAGGCUGAGGAUCAGGGGAUGAGGUUGUAAAAACAACAGUCGAGAAAAGGACAAAAAAAAGGAAGAGGAAGUCGACUGUUUGGAAACCCUUCUUUUGUAUCAUUGUACCCUGCGGUCCUACAAGGCACCGACUGACCCUGCCGCGGAUUACACAGUCGAAAAUACACCAACACCCACACGUCCACACCUACCAUCCCCUCACUGCCAUGUCCUCCCACCUGAACCCACCCCUCCUCUUCCUCCCAGUCUUCUCACUGCUCCUCUCCCUUCCCAUGCCCUCCACUCUCACGUCCCCCUCCUCCUUCUCCCCCCUCCUCUCCUUCUCCCCACCCGAGGGAGGUCUCACACACUUGGUGGUCCACAACAAAACUGGCGAGGUCUACCUGGGCGCUGUCAACUGGAUCUACAAGCUGUCCAGCAACCUCACCAAGCUGCGAAACCAUGUCACCGGCCCUGUGACAGACAACCCUCGCUGUUACCCUCCGCCCGGUGUCCAGUCCUGCCCCCACGAGUUGGUGCAAACCUCCAAUGUCAAUAAACUUCUGCUCCUUGAUGCUGCCCAUAACCGCCUGAUUGCCUGUGGGAGCACUUCCCAGGGAAUUUGCCAGUUCCUGCGUCUGGAUGACUUGUUCAAGCUCGGUGAGCCCCACCAUCGCAAAGAGCAUUACCUAUCCAGCGUUGCUGAAGCAGGCACCAUGUCGGGCGUCGUGAUCUCUCCGGAUAUUUUUGGCGAAGGUGGAAAACUGUUUGUCGGCACGCCCAUCGACGGCAAAUCUGAGUACUUCCCAACGCUGUCCAGCCGCAAGUUAAUGUCGAAUGAGGAGAAUGCAGACAUGUUCAGCUUUGUGUACCAGGAUGAGUUUGUUUCCUCGCAGCUCAAGAUUCCCUCAGACACGCUCUCCAAGUUCCCAGCAUUUGACAUCUACUACAUCUAUGGCUUCAACAGUGAGCAGUUUGUCUAUUAUCUCACCUUACAGCUUGACACGCAGCUCACCUCGCCCGACGCCAGCAGCGAGCAGUUCUUCACCUCUAAAAUUGUUCGCCUGUGCGUUGACGAUCCCAAGUUCUACUCCUACGUUGAGUUCCCCAUCGGAUGCACCAAGGACGGCGUGGAAUACCGCUUGGUUCAGGAUGCUUAUUUAGCCCGGCCGGGGACCCGCUUGGCACGUGCGCUCGGUAUCCAGGAGCACGAAGAAGUUCUGUUCACCGUGUUCGCCCAGGGUCAGAAGAACAGGGCCAAACCGCCUAAGGAGUCGGCUUUGUGUCUAUUCACAAUGAGGCGGAUAAAGGAGAAGAUUAAAGAGAGGAUUCAGUCGUGCUACAGAGGAGAAGGGAAACUCUCCCUGCCAUGGCUUCUCAAUAAGGAGCUGGCCUGCAUCAACUCGCCACUGCAGAUAGAUGACAACUUCUGCGGCCAGGACUUCAACCAGCCUCUAGGCGGCACCACCGCCAUCGAGGGCAUCCCGCUCUACGUGGACAAGGACGACGGCAUGACCUCGGUGGCGGCCUACGACUACCGCGGGCACACUGUGGCGUUCACCGGCACCCGGAGCGGACGCGUGAAGAAGAUCCUUGUGAACUCCAUUACCCAGCCUGCUUUGCUGUAUGAGAACGUGGAGGUGAGCGAUGGAAGCCCCCUCCUGAGGGAUCUCCUCUUCAGUCCGGGUCAUCAGUACUUGUACACCCUCACCGACAAACAGGUGACACGUGUACCAGUGGAGAGCUGCGAGCAGUACAACUCCUGCGGAGCCUGUCUGGGAGCAGGAGACCCUCACUGCGGCUGGUGUGUGCUGCAUAAUGUAUGCUCGAGGAAGGAUCACUGCGAGCGAGCGGAGGAGCCUCAGCGUUUCACCACCAGAGUGGAGCAGUGCGUCCGACUCUCCGUCCAACCGGACACCGUGUCUGUCACCAUGUCAGAAGUGCAGCUGGUACUUCAGACCCAGAAUGUGCCGAGCCUGUCCGCUGGAGUGAACUGCUCCUUUGAGGACUACGUAGAGACGGAGGGACGCAUCUACGGUGGACGGAUCUCCUGCCUGUCACCCUCCACAAAAGAGGUCGCCCCCAUCACACGAGACCAGGGUGACCAACGUGUGAUAAAAUUGUAUCUGAAGUCCAAGGAAACGGGAAAGAAAUUCGCCAGCGUGGACUUUGUGUUCUACAACUGCAGCGUCCACCGCUCGUGCCUGUCCUGCGUUAACGGGAACUUCCCCUGUUACUGGUGCAAAUAUCGCCACAUGUGCACGCAGGAUGCCAGCGACUGCUCCUUCCAGGAAGGACGAGUGAACACCUCCGAGGAGUGUCCUCAGAUCCUCCCCUCCACCCAGAUCUACAUCCCCGCUGGCGUCAUGAGGCCGAUCACCCUGCUGGCCCAGAACCUGCCCCAGCCCCAGUCUGGACAGAGGAACUACGAGUGCAUCUUCCACAUCCAGGGCAACACGCACAGCGUCCCGGCUCUGAGGUUCAACAGCACCAGCAUUCAGUGUCAGAAGACCACGUAUGACUACGAGGGCAGCGACAUCAGCGACCUGCCAGUGGACCUCUCCGUGGUGUGGAAUGGAAACUUUGUCAUAGACAACCCCUUUGACAUUCAAGCCCAUCUGUACAAGUGCAGAGCGCUGCGGGACAGCUGCGGCAUGUGCCUGAAGGCCAACCCCAGGUUCGAAUGUGGCUGGUGCGUCCUGGACAGGAAGUGCUCCCUCAGGCAGGAGUGCAACGGCGGAGGACACUCCCACCUCCCGCUGCCGCUGGCUGAGGGUGGAGGCUGGAUGCACGCCACCUCUGGAAACAGCCGUUGCACCCAUCCAAAGAUCACUAAGUUGUUCCCUGAGACGGGGCCUCGCCAGGGGGGAACCAGGGUGACCAUCCUGGGGGAGAACCUGGGUCUGCAGUUCAGAGACAUCCAGAUGGGCGUCAGGCUGGGCAAAGUGCCCUGUGUGCCCAUUGAGGAGGAGUACUUGAGUGCAGAGAGAAUAGUGUGUCUGCUGAACGAUGCGACGGGCUACAGGGUCCAGGAGGCUCAGGUGGAGGUGUGCGUGAGGGACUGCGUCAACGACUACCGAGCCCUGUCGCCGAGGCCGUUCACCUUCGUGACUCCGUACUUCACCCGUAUCCAGCCAUCUCAGGGGCCCAUUUCUGGCGGCACCCGGGUCACCAUUGAGGGGAGCAACCUCAACGCAGGCAGUUAUGUGUCUGUCAGCAUAGGACCACAGCCCUGCUACUUCAAAAAGAGGAAUGCCCGUGAGAUAGUGUGUGUCACGCCAGCUGGAUUGGCACCGGGCACUUCAUCCGUCUUGGUGGACAUAGACGACGCUGAGCUGAGAAACCCGGAAGUCAAGUUUAACUACACCGAAGACCCUACUGUCCUGAGGAUUGAGCCCGACUGGAGCAUUGCCAGUGGUGGGACUCUGCUGACAGUAAGCGGGACCAACCUCGCAACAAUCCGAGAACCAAAGAUCAGGGCCAAGUACGGGCAGGCCGAAUCCUUUCAUAACUGCACAGUGUACAACAACUCGGUCAUGGUGUGCCUCGCUCCGUCGGUGGCCGAUUCGGAGCUGGGUUUUGCGGAGACCGGCACCGGCCCGGAUGAGAUCGGCUUCUACAUGGACAACGUGAACGCCCUGGUGGUGGUGAACGAGACGUUCAGCUACUACCCCGACCCUGUGUUUGAACCGCUGAGUCCCUCUGGAACGCUGGAGCUCAAACCCACGUCGCCACUAAUUCUCAAGGGUCGGAACUUGAUCCCGGCGGCUCCGGGCAACAGUCGCCUGAACUACACGGUGCUGAUUGGUGAGACUCCCUGCGUCCUCACCCUGUCUGAGAGCCAGCUGCUGUGCGAAUGGCCCAACCUCACCGGACAGCACAAAGUCACGAUCCGAGCUGGGGGGUUCGAGUACUCCCCUGGGACCCUUCACAUCUACUCAGACAGCCUUCUGACGCUGCCCGCCAUCAUCGGCAUCGGCGGGGGCGGCGGCCUGCUGCUGCUGGUCAUCAUCGCCGUGCUGAUCGCCUACAAGAGGAAGUCCAGGGACGCCGACCGCACCCUGAAGCGCCUUCAGCUCCAGAUGGACAACCUGGAGUCCAGAGUGGCCCUGGAGUGUAAAGAAGCUUUCGCUGAGCUGCAGACCGACAUCCAUGAGCUGACCCAGGAGCUGGACGGGGCCGGGAUUCCCUUCCUGGACUAUCGGACCUACGCAAUGCGGGUCCUGUUCCCUGGGAUUGAGGACCACCCCGUGCUCAAGGAGAUGGAGGUACGGGUCCAGGCAAAUGUUGAGAAGGCUCUGACGCUGUUUGGCCAGCUGCUGACGAAGAAGCACUUCCUGCUGACGUUCAUACGAACCCUGGAGGCACAGAGGUCUUUCUCAAUGCGGGACAGAGGCAACGUGGCGUCACUGAUCAUGACGGCCCUGCAGGGGGAGAUGGAGUACGCCACCGGGGUCCUGAAACAGCUGCUGUCCGACCUGAUAGACAGAAACCUGGAGAGCAAAAACCAUCCCAAGCUGCUGCUCCGGAGAACGGAGUCUGUCGCUGAGAAAAUGCUGACCAACUGGUUUACGUUCCUCCUGUACAAGUUCCUCAAGGAGUGUGCCGGGGAGCCUCUGUUCAUGCUUUACUGUGCCAUGAAGCAGCAGAUGGAGAAGGGGCCCAUCGACGCCAUCACCGGCGAAGCCCGCUACUCGCUCAGCGAGGACAAGCUCAUCAGGCAACAGAUUGACUACAAAACACUGACGUUGCACUGUGUAAACCCAGAGAAUGAGAACUCCUCCGAGGUGACAGUCAAGUGUCUCAACUGUGACACCAUCACUCAGGUCAAAGAGAAGCUGCUGGAUGCUGUGUACAAGGGCAGCCCCUAUUCACAAAGGUCAAAGGCUUCUGACAUGGACCUGGAAUGGCGCCAGGGUCGGAUGGCCAGGAUCAUCCUGCAAGACGAAGACGUCACGACCAAGAUCGACAACGACUGGAAGAGACUCAACACGCUGGCUCACUAUCAGGUGACGGACGGCUCAGUCAUCGCCCUGGUGCCAAAGCAGAACUCUGCCUACAACAUCUCCAACUCCUCCACCUUCACCAAGAGCCUCAGCCGAUACGAGAGCAUGCUGCGGACAGCCAGCAGUCCAGACAGCCUGCGGUCCCGGACGCCCAUGAUCACCCCCGACCUGGAGAGUGGCACCAAGCUGUGGCACCUGGUGAAGAACCACGACCACUCGGACCAGAGGGAGGGCGACCGGGGCAGCAAGAUGGUCUCUGAGAUCUACCUGACCAGGCUGCUGGCCACAAAGGGUACGUUGCAGAAGUUUGUGGACGACCUGUUCGAGACCAUCUUCAGCACGGCCCACAGAGGCAGCGCGCUGCCGCUCGCCAUCAAGUACAUGUUCGACUUCCUGGACGAGCAGGCCGACAAACACUCCAUCACAGACUACGACGUACGACACACCUGGAAGAGCAACUGUCUCCCCCUGCGGUUCUGGGUGAAUGUGAUCAAGAACCCCCAGUUUGUGUUCGACAUCCACAAGAACAGCAUCACGGACGCCUGCCUGUCCGUGGUGGCCCAGACCUUCAUGGACUCCUGUUCGACGUCGGAACACAAGCUGGGAAAAGACUCGCCUUCGAAUAAGCUGCUCUACGCUAAGGACAUCCCCAACUACAAGAACUGGGUGGAGAGGUACUACUCCGAUAUCUCCCGUAUGCCCGCCAUCAGUGACCAGGACAUGAGCGCCUACCUGGCCGAGCAGUCGCGCCUGCACCUCAGCCAGUUCAACAGCAUGUCGGCGCUGCACGAGAUCUACUCCUACAUCAUCAAGUACAAAGACGAGAUCCUUUCAGCUCUGCAGAAGGACGAACAGUCGCGCAGACAGCGGCUACGCGGCAAGCUGGAGCAGGUGAUCGACACCAUGGCCCUGGCAAGCUGAGGGCCGUCGCGCGCCUCGGCUAGCGCGGAGAACUGGCCAGCCAACACGCCUUCCCCCCCCUUCGACGACCUUUGAUGCCCGUGACAUUUCGACCCUCGACGUUUGAAGUCCGUCGCCAAUCGCCCUCACACGAAAAACGACCAACCGACGAGCAGCAGAAGAGACUGCCAGGACACAGGCACCGAGCAGCAGCAGCACACUGGAGAGACAGCGAGCGUUUGGAACUCUCAGGCGCCACAGGCUGGGUUGACUUUUUUUUGUUGUUGUUUUUCUGAGCCUCCAACCCUGCCACGAACCACCAUACGAAAUGCACCGUCGGCCUCGGAAGACGUGGUCCUCGGCUCAGGAGAGAGUUUAUUUUCAUCAAGGCCCUCGUCACAUCCAGAGACCAGAGGGAGCAGCAGCCGGGUACUGUGUGGUGACCAACACCUCCAGCUGGAUGCUGAGCUGCCAUGCUACAUAGGAAAGGUGCAGGUCAGCUACAACUAGUAGCUUUCCAUGGCCAGGGCUACGGUUCUAAACUCUGGGCCAAUGAAAAUCCAGGAUAUACAUUAUCUCGAUACUUUUCUCCUUUUCUCUUUUCCGUUGCCGUCCUCUGCAGAGAGGUCAGAGGUCAGGGACAGCUGCGGAGCGGCAGCCAUGGAGCUGGUAGAGAUUCGGCGUGUGUUGCUCAAAGACACUUUGGCAGGGCGGACGCUUAGCAACUGCAGAGCAACCGGGGGGGGGGGGACUUUGCAGGGAAACUCUUCCUCCAGUGCUGAGUCUCCAACUCUCUCUCGACCAGAACUCCACCACAGUCUGACAGCGGACAUGUUCAGUUUCAAACCUGCCUCCUCUCCCCAGUGCUGUGCCACUUGUGUUACUGCUGAAUUUGCACAACAAAGCUAAAUCAAAAGAGAGAAGAGGAUAUAUGAAUAUAUAUAUAGAUAUACAGAUAUAUAAAUAUGAACAUUUUGUUUUUAAAACAAAUGAGAAGUUGAAUUUUUUUUUCUGGGGGGCAGGGGUUCAUUUUAAUGUACAAAAGAUAAGUUCGAGAAGAGGUUUUCAUAUUUCCGAGAUGAAAAAUUAAGAAAAACACAAGGAAAAAGUCGUCCUGUGCCAUGUUUUCCUUUGAAUGUCGUUUAGUGCAAAGAGACUCUUCUUUUUCAUUCAAUGAAAUGUGCUAUCAUGAAAAAGCUAUCAUGCUUACUGGACAAAAGUGAGAGUUUAAAAAAAUAGGUAACUGGCAAAGAUAUACAUAAAUAUAUAAAUAUAUGAUUGCAGACACUUUCUGUAUUUCAUGAGGUCUCGGGGCGGCUGUGUGCAACAUCUUUGGCUCUGAGGGCAGUGAAAGGACAAAGGAUGUCCGGAAGUCAACCUGCGACCUAACCGACCUACAGCGCUCUUGUGUUUGUUUUGAAGGAAACCAAAUACAGCUGAUUUAGAAGUCACAGAAAAAAGGUGAUUUUCUGCGGGGGGCCAGCCUCGUUGCCCUGUGGCGGCAGACCGCUCCAGAGGAAUUAGGCCCCGCCAUCUAAGUUGAACCCCGGCACGCCGUGCUGCUCUUCAACUUCUCCACCCUGUUUUAUAGACACCCCUUCUCGUCUGAAACGUUCUUCUUGGAUGUGCCAUCGGCAACGAAGGCUAGUUUAGGUGUGAAACAGAAAGACAGUGAAACAGUGUUGUCUAAUUUAGGCUUGUUUAUUUUAUUCUUUCAGUCUGCAGUGAAUACGGUAAAAAAAAAAAAAGCUCAAGGUUCCAUUUUUGAAAUGUGAAUGUGGUUUAUGAAGCGAUAAUGAAAUGUAGCUUGAUUCAUGUCAGUGUUUUUUUUGUACCAGUUGAAGGCCUUUUUUUUCUUUCUGUGGUUUUACAGGGGUAUUGAAAAAAAAGUGAAGUAGGUGCUGCUCCGCAUAAACUCGCAGUGCUUCGCAAAAACACGCAUUCAUCAACGACACAUUCCUUUCUCCAAUGACUGUAAAAGGGGUUACAAGACUAAUAAAGAAGGUUAAAAAAUACAGGAGAAAUGUGUUAAACAAACCAGGGUUAUGUAUAAAGAAUGUUGUCAUUAAUCCGGUGAGAAGCAGACCAGACACAUCAACAGAUAGAUGAAUUCAAGAAAAAGAAAAAAAACUCCUCUGUUUAAUCCUGUUUGUCUCUUUUGAGGAUAAAAAAAAAAAAAUAUGGAAGUAGGUUAAACUGCAUUGAAGGCUUCUUUUACAACGAUACGACUUUAAAGGAAACAGUUGCCAAUGCCUCAAAUCGUCAUUUUCUUCCUCUUCAACAGUGCUUCCCUCAGGUUGUGUUUCCCUGUGGUGCAGAGCAGAGAGAUCUCUCUCACCAGUUCACACUCGAGUCCUCGUCCCAGUUCAAAUGGCACAGAGGUUGCAGAAACCUUGAAAUCCAGGGCUGCUGCAAGAAGCCUGAUGGGUUUUAUUUAAAAUCGGAACCUUUGAGUAAUCUUAACCUCCUGCACUUACUCCGACAGUUUGAGAAAAGGAAAGUGAGAUAUGGCAGUUAUUACUAACUUGCUUUCUUCAGUUUUUCUGUCUCGGCAGUAGAUCAUUAUGACUGCAGUGAAGUGCUGCUCCUCAGUACAAUCCGUCGCGGCAAAGGAAACUAUAAUAUAAUAAACUAAAGUAUAAUUUCCAACACAGUAGCAAUCCGUCUGCCAUGCGACCUGCUCACACUGCGUUCUCAAUUUACAUCGUCUCAAACCUAUUUAUAUUGGAAUAGAUGCUAAAUUUAAGCUAAGCUAACUCAAUUUCUCUGAAGGCAAAUUCGCAUGGUAAAGAGUUUAUUAAGUUAAAAAUGUAAUCUGGAAAACACCAUUUAUGAAUUGAAAUUAAAAGGACAGUGAUACGUCCAACAAUACAUCUCGUUAGCUACUGCAUAUGACGUGAUUACUUAGCUGACAUGCUAAGAUUAAAGUUGAUAAGAGUGAUUAAUGAAUUAAAUGAUAUUUCCCAGCUAUACCUUCAAAGCAAUGAACAAUAUACAGUAUAUUCCCUACAGCUGGGACAUCAUCUUUGAAGUAAAAAGAAAAAUCUGUUCUCUGUUGUUGCCCAAGAGUUUCAGACCUAUGGCAGCCUCGGAAUCCAAUUCCACCUUUGUCCAUAUCACAUAUAAGGAUGCUAACUAUAUAUUUUUUCAAAUAAAAUUACCAGAGUUGGACCAACUGUCCUGCCACCAAACCAAACACAUAUUACUGCAGUCAAAUGAAAGUUCUUAAAUCUGACAAAAGUACCUUACCCUAGGAUUAAGAAACCCUUUAAAAUCAGUGGACAUUUUAUUGUUGUUCACACUAAGAUGUCGUUUCCAUCUGACAGCAAAACGUGUCUGGACAGAGUUGAACGUACUGUAUGUGCUUCCAUACUUGAACCACUGAUCGACACAGGGUAAAAUGAAAAAACAUACAGGGCGGCUGAGCAAAGAUUUUUUUUCAUCCAUAUCAGGGGAGCAACUCAGCGAGGAGAGAUUAACUUUGAUCAAGCUGGUUCUCAGAACUUCCACAAAAAAGAUUUCAUGACUCAAAGCUCAUUGAAGGUAUUUUGUGUUUUCUUCAUGACUGAUGAAUGGUGAAAUUGAGAUGUUACUUCCAUGUACAGUCACGCAUUCACACAUUUUGUUCAAUUUGAAUGGACGACAGUCUAAGGAAGUAGACCACUGCAUUGAUGUUUGACCGCAAUUCCCUUGCUCAAUUGUUCUUUCGAUGAAGACUUGUAAAUUUUAAAUGAUUUCACUGAUCUUGAAAUAGUAAUGAGGCUUAUUAAGCCUCAUUGAUUACUUUGUAGGGUGUAAAAAAAAAAAAGGUUUAGAAAGAUGGCAGGAUAAGGCCCACUUGGUCUCUGGUGCUUUUGUCUCUGCGCUUUCUGCCUCACCUCUUGUUGGGGUAAAAGAUGAAAAGACAGAGGAAAGUGCUUUUGAAGGCAACGUUACCGCUUCAUUUUCCAUUCUGUUGCAUCUGUCGCAUCCGGAUUUUUCCACAUAGAAAAAGACGGCGAUGAGGGAGGGAGACGAUCUCUCAGUGAUUGACCGUAGGGCGGCUCCCUGGGCCUUGUCAGCCCCUUCCCGUACUGAAAACUAUUUAUUUUUCCAUAUAGUAUGACUCAAGCUAGGUGGUAAAAAAUUGGAAUUGAAAUAAAUUUACAUCUACAGUUUAUUCACUAAUGAGAAUUAGUGCAGUACUUUGUGAAACAUUCUCAUAUGCUUUCUUUCUGAGACUGAAUUGAGAGUGGUAACUGUUUCUUGUUGGCAUUUGCAAGUGCAGAGCUGGAGUCACGUUGUGUUUAGCCUAGCUUAGCAUAAAAUAUGUAGCCUGACAGUUGGCCCGACUGUCAGGCUAAUGAAAGAAUUAGACCCGCCAACACUGCUAAUAAGUUACACAUUGUUUCUCAUGUGUUUAACUUCAAACGGACAGAAAUGUAAAUUGAAUUGUUCACGUAAGUUCAUGAUAUGGAACGUGAUUCAACAUCAGCAAAUCAGCUCCGAGCUAUUCCACACUGGUAAACUCUUUUUCAGCGGCAUGCUCGAGCUAAGCCAAAAACAGUUUGACUCCGGCUCUGUACUUAGCACUGAGACAAACAGACUCACAACUUUGAUGUUGUUCUCAUGUGACUUAAAAACAAAGUAAAUUCACUUAUUUUUUCCUUUUCAAAAUGGUGUUAGGAAAAAGUUAUAUCAAAAAGGUUUAUCAAGCUGGAGCUAGGAGACAGUUAGCUCAGUUUAGCAUAAAAACGCAGAAGUGGGUUAAGCAGCUAGCUUGGUCCUGUUUGAAGGGGGAAAAGAAACAUCCAUUAAAAGAUUUACUCGUGUGACUAAAGUUGACAAAUGAACGUUAUAUUAUAUUGUUCAUUUAACCCUUAACCAGAGGUGCUGGGCUAGCCAGCUUUCUGCUAAGAUAAGCUAAGCUAACCGUAUUCUGGUUCUAGCUUCAUGUUCAUUACAGUGCAAUCCACUCAAGUGAAUUAGGACAUUUCCCAAGAUGUCUAUCAGAAAUGUAAUUAUCGUUCAUUAUGGCGUGCGCCCUCCCAACAAUACACCACCUCAGACCCAUAACAACGUACAACCCCUAAUACCCCUUUCAUUCAUCUGCCAUUUCUGGUUUAAUCCCCCUCAACUGCAAAAGCUCCAGCGUUCUUCAUCCCUCCACUUCCAACUCUCCAGCAUCAUCACCUGCUGAGUUCACUUUGAUUUGAGUGCAUUUCAGAGGAGGAUAGGACAUGAAAUAUAUCCACACAGAGAUUAAGAGGAGAGAGGUAGAAAGGAGAAAGAAAAAAAAUACCUUAGAGUUUUAAUACUUUAUGAAUUCUGAUACCUUUUUAAGAGUUUCAGACUUGAAGCUGCUGUGACAGGUUUUGGCUGUUUCAUGCCCGUGUAAAUAUCCUGCUCUUUCCUAUUUUGCAGAUUUAUUACGUGUAAAUAGACACGCAUCAAGGAGAGAUUAAACAUGUUUUUUGCUAAA